CAACCCAGCCCAGGCGCCCGGCUCGGUGCAAGGAGCAACCCCGGACCCCGCGUCCACCCGCCCGCCCGGUGCAUGGAGCGCAGGGCAUGAUCUGGGGUGGCUCGCGGAGCCUGCCUGCCUGCAGCCGUGCCGGACGUCUUGGGGCUCCCCCAGCCGCGUUGCGUGAGAGUGAACCAAGGCCUGGACCCUGCUCUGGAAGUCUGGCUUGCCCACUUCUGUAAUCUGACGCUAUGCAUUCAGCCCCUGGGCUCCUGCAGACUGUGCUCUUCGUCAUCUUGACCCUCCAGUGUUCUUCCAUGCAUUCAGACUUGGCACCUUAUUUUAUUUCUGAGCCACUGUCAGCCAUCCAGAAACUCAGUGGAACUGUAGAGCUACGCUGCUCGGCUGGACCUGUGACCACUCACAUCUCUUGGCUGCAUAAUGGAAGCAGAUUAGAUAGAAACAUGGACCAGAUUAAGAUUCAUCAAGGGACGUUGACUCUUCUUUCCCUUAGCCCCUCCCUCGUGGGUUCCUACCAGUGUGUUGCCAAUAAUAGUGUUGGUGCAAUUAUAAGUCGCCCCGCAAUGGUCUCCACAGCUGUUUUAGGUGACUUUGGUUCCUCCAUAAAGCAUGUUAUUACAGCAGAAGAAAAAAGCACUGGUUUCAUUGGCUGCCAGAUUCCAAGGAGUAACCCCAAGGCUGAGGUGCGCUUUAAAGUUCGGGGCAGGUGGCUGAGACAUUCUACAGAGAAUUACUUAAUCCUUCCAUCAGGAAAUCUUCAAAUUUUGAAUGUGUCCUUGGAGGACAAGGGAUCAUACAAAUGUGCAGCUUUCAAUCCUGUCACACAUGAAUUAAAACUUGAACCUGUUGGCCGAAAGCUCCUUGUGAGUCGUCCUUCUCUGGAUAAUUCUCAUAUUCUCCACCCCACCCUUGCCCAAGCGUUAGCUGUUGUUGCUCAGAGCACAGUCACGCUGGAGUGUGUGGUGAGUGGGGUGCCUGCCCCUCCAGUGCACUGGCUGAAGGAUGGACAGGCUGUGACAUUGGGCAGCCACUGGAGAAGGCUACACACACACCUCACAAUAGACCGGAUCAACCCCAGGGAUGCUGGAAACUAUUCCUGCCUGUUGGGAAAUGGGUCUGGAGAGGCCAGGCAUGCGACUUACACAGUUCAUGUGCUGGAACCUGCUUCUGUUUCUAAAGGGCUGCAGGACCAGACAGUGGGUCUGGGCUCCACAGUACAAUUUACGUGUGAUGUUCGUGGGAACCCAGCCCCCAACCGCACAUGGUUUCAUAACGCACAACCUGUUCAUUCUUCUCCACGGCACCUGAUGGCAGGAAGUGGGCUGAAAAUCAGUGGUGUUACCACAGAAGAUUCUGGGUUGUAUCAAUGUGUCGCGGAUAAUGGGCUUGGAUUUAUGCAGUCGACUGGGAGACUCAAAGUUGUAAAAGAUGGUGGACUCAAGCCGGUUAUAAUCACAGCACCCGCAAACACAAAGGUGGUAGAUGGAGACUUUGUUACUUUGUCCUGCAACGCCACUGGCGUGCCUGUUCCUGUCAUUCGUUGGUAUGACCGGCAGGGAUUGAUAACCAGCCAUCCAGCUCAGGUCCUGAGAUCUAAAUCUCGAAAAUCACACUCAGGAAGACCUGGGGGCUUCGACCUGGAGCCCAUCUACUUCAUCAUGUCCCGGGCUGGCUCGAGCUCCCUGUACAUCCAGGCUGUCACUCCGGAGCAUGCUGGAAGGUUCACCUGCGAAGCCAGCAACGAACAUGGCUCCACGCAGGCCCAUGCUGUCCUCACCGUUGUUCCCUUUGAAACAAAUACAAAAGCAGACACGGCCACAGCUUCUAGUGCCACCGAGAAUGACGACAGAGAUGGUUCUGAAACUGCUUUCCCGGGCUCUCUCCCAGUACAGGCAGCAUCCUCAGAGAAGACAGCUGCAGGCACCUCGGUCCCUGAUGCUCCCAUCAUUCUGAGUCCCCCCCAGACCCACACACCAGACACCUACAGCCUGGUCUGGCGGGCAGGGAAGGAUGGUGGACACCCCAUUAAUGCCUAUUUUGUGAAGUAUCGGAAGCUGGAUGAUGGAACAGGAGUAGUGGGCAGCUGGCACACAGUUCGAGUCCCAGGAAGCGAGAAUGAGCUCCAUUUGUCUGAGCUGGAGCCUUCUAGUCUCUAUGAAGUCUUGAUGGUGGCCCGAAGCACCGUGGGUGAAGGGCAGCCAGCAAUGCUCACCUUUCGUACCAGCAAAGAAAAAACAGCAUCAUCAAAAAACACUCAAGUGUCCUCUCCACCUGUGGGCUUCCCGAAGCACCCUGUGGUCCCCGAGGCUGCUGAGAGCUUUGGAGUGAUUCUUCCAGACCCGUCCCGUCACAGUGGAGUUCCUGAGGCCCCCGACAGACCUACUAUUUCCAUGGCUUCCGAAACUUCUGUCUAUGUCACGUGGAUCCCUCGGGCAAAUGGGGGCUCACCCAUCACUGCCUUCAAGGUGGAAUAUAAGCGCAUGAGGACCAGCGACUGGCUGGUGGCAGCUGAGGACAUCCCUCCCUCCAAGCUCUCUGUGGAAGUCCGUAGUCUAGAACCAGGUUCAACAUACAAAUUUAGGGUCAUUGCUAUCAACCAUUACGGUGAGAGUUUUCGGAGUUCGGCAUCUCGUCCUUACCAGGUGGCGGGGUUCCCCAAUCGUUUCUCAAACCGUCCCAUAGCCGGGCCGCACAUUGCAUACACUGAAGCUGUGAGUGACACACAGAUCAUGCUGAAGUGGACGUACAUUCCAUCAGUUAACAAUAACACUCCCAUUCAAGGAUUUUAUAUCUAUUACCGACCAACAGACAGUGACAAUGACAGUGACUACAAGAGGGAUACUGUGGAAGGUUCAAAACAGUGGCACAUGAUUGGUCACCUGCAGCCAGAAACUUCCUAUGAUAUUAAAAUGCAGUGCUUCAAUGAUGGAGGAGAGAGCGAGUUUAGCAAUGUGAUGAUCUGUGAAACAAAAGUGAAACGUGUUCCCGGAGCUUCUGAGUAUCCCGUCAAAGAUUUGAGCACCCCUCCGAGCGCCUCUGGAGGUGGCGGGCACGCAGGGCCUGCCACCAGCCCUGCCCGAAGUAGUGACAUGCUGUAUCUGAUUGUGGGCUGUGUGUUGGGCAUCAUGGUCCUCAUCCUCAUGGUUUUCAUUGCCAUGUGCCUGUGGAAGAGCCGGCAGCAGAGCACCAUUCAGAAAUAUGACCCACCAGGAUAUCUCUACCAAGGGUCAGAUCUGAACGGGCAGAUGGUAGAAUUCACCACUUUGCCUGGCACCAACCACAUCAAUGGAAAUGUUCAUGGAAGCUUCCGGAGCAAUGGGGGCCUCAGCAAUGGCUGCUCUCAUCUUCACCACAAGGUUCCUAAUGGAGUCAAUGGGAUCAUGAAUGGGACCAUAAAUGGAAGUCUUUACGCCAGCCACACAAACUCCCUCAGCAGGACACACAUGGGCUUUGAACAUCCUCAUCAUUUGGUGAAUGGUGGAAGCAUAUACACUGCAGUGCCCCAGACAGACCCACUGGAAUGUAUUAAUUGUCGGAACUGUCGGAACAACAACAGGUGUUUCACCAAAGCCAGUAGCACUUUCAACAGCAGCCCCCUUGCUGUGGUCCCAGUGGAAGCACCUUGUCCUCAGGAAGGUCUGGAAAUGAAGCCACUGGCUCACUUGAAGAUGCCUGGAUGUCUGGCCCCUGAGGUCCCCACCUGUGGCCAGGCACCUGAGGAACAAGUCCAGGAUGAUGAAGUGGCACCAAGACCCAUUCAACAGACUUGCUGUCAGUACAGCAGACAUGAGAUCCGCUCUGAUAGCUUGGAAGAUAUGGCAGAGUGUGACCUGGAAGACAAUUGUGGCCAUUCAGAAACGGAGAAUAAAAUGUUAAGUUGGAAUCGCCUAAUUCUGCCUGUCGUUUCAAAGGACUGUACAGAAAAGACAUGGUCUCCUGAUGUUCCUUUAGAUACCCCUUCGGGCGCCCUUCACCAACCCCAGGAAACCUGAGGAUGUGCAGACAGCAAGCCAGUUCCCGAUUCAAGCCAGUCACUGUCCAGAACAGAGCUGAGGAUGGACUGUGUAAAGGACUACAGUUCAAAUUCCAGAGACCCAUUAUUUAUUUUUUGUAGUAGUGAUGUCAUUUGAAUGUAUCCUACAACUCUUA